AGUGUGUUACUCUGCGUAAACAAUACUAAGAAUGUAAUAUUUACACUGUGUUUACAAGUGUAUUUCGUUUUUAAAAUGACUCCCUAAAAUAAAGAAAAGAUAUGUGUGAUUCACAUAGUUGAUACUGCGAGUACGGAGAAGAUAAAAAUGUUUGAUGACGAAAAACUUUUGAAAUGUAAAAAUGCUCUACUUGUUUACAAGUUUCGAACAAAUUCAAAAUUCAGUGGAUUAAACCUACCUGAAACUCCUGAUGACACCCAGGGCUAUCACUCUUCCUGUUAUAGUAAAUUCACUGCUGUUUCCAGCAGUCAGAUAAAAUUAGCCAAAGAAAAACAGUGCAAUAAAAACAGUGAAAGUGCAAGUGCAGUUCAAGAUUCUUCAAGCGUUCCAGAUGCAGAAACAGCUUGUGCAACACAAAGCAAUUCUAACACUCCUGCACGUAAUUUAAGAUCUGGGAAACAGCCUAAUGUCAGCAAUACAAGAACUGGCGUUUUUUUAAAUCGCUGUCUUUUUUGUGAUAAAGUACGAAAGGAACAGAAUGGGAAAAAUGAAUGUCUUACAAGUUGCUCGACAGAAAAUAUUCAAGUAACAGAAUUCAUAAAUUGCCUUUAUAUUAUUAAUAACAAUAAUAAUAAUUAAUAAUUUUUUAUGUUUUCAGAUCGGUAUAAUGAAUGACGCCAUAAUCCUCGACGAUGAAGCCAUAGUAAGAAAGAUAGGGAAUCUCGAAUCGAACUUGCAAUUCGUUUCUAAAGAAAUAAAAUAUCAUAAUUCGUGCCGGAAAAAGUUUGCUUCUGCAGCCAAAAGUGCAGUAAAGAAACGAGAAGAGGAACAUCAAUCCAAGUGGGUUUUAAACAAGAGCAUUAGGGAAAACGCUAUGCAAAAAAUUAUAGUUUUUUUGGAAGAAAAAAUCAUGAAGGAAGAAGAGGUUCAUCGUGUGAAAGAUAUCACAAAACACUAUCGAUUGCUGCUAUCCGAACUUGGUGUGGAUUAUAAUAGUAUUUGUAGAGUGCGUAAGUGUGAGGUAUUAGAGAAAUUGAUCAGCUAUUUUGGUGACAAAGUAACAGUCAUAAAUCACACUGUCGAAGGCGUUGGACAAAUCAUUUUCAAAUCCGACUUGAGCGUCGACAAGGCUUUACUGACAACUUUUGAUGCGAACAUCAGUUCUGAUUACCUUGUAAAUGUAAGUUGAU